AUGGUCCGCAUACAACAGUCGCUCUACUGGGCGUCCACCCUUGUCAGACUGACCAGCGCAUUCCUGGUCAAUCCCCCGGGAGCCGCCAUACCCGGGGCAACCUCUCGUUGCAGCAAAUGGGUUCAAGAUGCAUACCUGCUGUCCUGCGACAAGAUCACCAACGCCUUUGGCAUGACCAAGGACCAAUUCAAGGAAUGGAACCCGAGCGUCGGCGAUACAGGCGCAGAUUGUCAGAUGAUCCAGGGCCUCUACUACUGCGUUGAGGUCGACUUUCACCCACUUACACUGACCUCGACCUCGACAACGACCACCGGCACUAGCACCAGCACCAGCACCACGGAAGAGCCUCAGCAUUCUCCAACUCAAGCCGGAAUGGCCCCUGAUUGCGAUGACUUCUACCUCGUCAGUCACGGCGACACCUGCGCGGCUGUCGAGUCCAAGUACCACAUCAGCGCCGCCGAUUUCCUGCGCUGGAAUCCCGCCAUAGGAGCAGGCAAGUCAUCAUGCCGCUGCAACUGCACCGGUCUUUGGCUGGGCUAUUAUGUCUGCAUCCACGUUCCCGGAGCUGCCACCACUAUCCAGUCGCCAGCCAUCACUACCACCACCACCCCCUCCGAAGGUAUCACCACUCCGCAGCCGACGCAGCCGGGCAUGGUCAAUAACUGCGACCGCUUCGUCUUCAUCAAGCCCGGCGACAACUGCGGCGCCGUUGCCUCCGCCGCCGGCAUCUCCCUGACCGACUUUAUCCUUUGGAACCCCAACGCGGGCAGCACCUGCUCCGGGCUCUGGGCGAACAGCUACGCGUGCGUCCACCUGAUCCCCUCCCUCACCCUCGCCACGCGGUACGGCGAUGGCUGUGCGGGUGCCGUCCAGAGCACCGAGGAGUUUCCGCCGAGCGGCGCCGGCCACUGCGUCAACACCGACUGCAAAGUGACGUCGCUCGACAUUUCCGCCAAGGGAACCUGUCCGGACGGCGAGGUCCGCAUCAGCUACUGGGAGCAGGCCAACUGCCAGGGCAAGUGGUUCGGCUACGGCUACGCGAGCCGUGGGCAGUGCCGGACGCUGUGGUCAGGAGGUUGGGGCUUCAAGUCGUUGUAUAUUGCUUGCGAACCUAAGGACAGGGACUGUGUUAGCCAGGAAACUUGCACUAUUGACCCCCUGCCCAACUCCCAUAUCUGCUAG